CCACUUCCCCUAUUCGCCUUGCCGUCCCGUCCGGCCUUAAAACAAUCCGUCUACCGAAACCCAACCGCCCGAUCACCACCACCACAGCUCGAUCGAUCGCACCAGCCCACGACAGCGUCUUCCGUCCGUCAUCGCCCGCUGUCUGCACGCGCAGGCGUUCCACUGGCCGGCGGCGGCGAGGCAGCUACCGGCGGCGGCCCGGCGAGCGGGAAGAGAUGGAGAAGAAGCUCCCGAUCGCGCUGGCGCUGGCGCAGAAGCACGGCGCCGGCGGCGAGCCCGCGUGGGCGCGGCCGUGGCGGUGGGCCAAGACGGCCUUCUUCCUGGUCGCCAUGCUCGCCUCGCUGCUGCUCGUCUGCGCCCCGCCCCUGCUCGUCGUGCUCCUCGACCUCGCCCUCCCGCCCGCGCUCCUCUCCGCGCACCUCCGCGCCGGCAGCAACCCUCCAUACCCGUCCUUCGUCCCGGCCAUGCUGGACCAUGCGCGGGCGUUUGAGUUCCGGUCCUCCCUCGUCGACCUGCCCGCCGUCUCCGCCGCGCGCGCCCUGCUCAUCCUCUGCGCGUACACGGUGUGCGGCGGAGGCGGCGUCUACCUGUGGGUGGUGGUGGCGAGCGUGGCGGCGUCCGUGUCGUACGUGCUGGCCAAGGCCGCGGCCAUGCGCGUCGCGCUGCAGGGGAAGGGGCCGGAGCCCAUGCUGCUGCUGUCCCUGUCGCUCGCGGCCGCGCACCUCGCCGUGGCGUACCGGACCAGCUGCCGCGAGCGACGCCGCCUGCUCGUCUACAGGAUCGACGUCGAGGCCGUCCGGCUGAAGGGAGGUCAUCAAACACCCAAAGGGCUGAAGCAGUGUAGUGUCUGACACCAUGUCCUGGACAUCUGAUUAUCCGUAGGUGUGGCGUAACCUGUAGAAAUAUUAUUUAUAUAUAGUCUUCAGAACAUUUUGUUUUUCGUAGCAAUUUUUUUUUGUCAUAGUCUGCUACGGGAGGUGCAUUAUCGACAGUUACCUGUAAGUGAAGACACUGUAAAUAUGUAAACAGUUGUGCUUAGUUCGGCCUCCUGCACAUGCAAUCCAAUGCAACGAAAUGCAGGACA